AUGGCUACCAACAGAUUAUCGUGGCUAGAUGACGCAUUUAGGUCCGCGAAAGAAGAAUUCAAAAGGAAUCUAAGCAAUCCAGCCUUAUGUGACUUCUCGAAGAUCAGUUCAAUUAAUGAUGUACUCGAAGAAGCCAAUAGAAUACAGAGACAACAGGCCAAGACCAAGACGCUUCGCGCACUAGGCAGGAUUCGACCGUUUAUAGAUGGCCUCAAGGAAUAUGCGUCCAUCAUCGAGGUAUUCGCACAGGCGAAACCAGAAAUUAUGAGUCUCCUUUGGGGUCCCCUCAAGUUCAUCCUACAAGCGUCAAGUUCCGUUAUUUCCGCCUUCGACAAAGUGGUGAAAGUAUUAGCAGACUUGGGAAUGACACUUCCAAGCUUCAAGGAAUACGCACAGCUGUUUUCGGAAAAAUUUGAGAUCCGUCGGGCAUUAUGUCUAUUCUACGAGGACAUCCUAGAUUUCUAUUCCGUUCUAUUGAAUUUCCUUGCGAACCGUAGGCUAAACAUAUUCCUCGAGUCUUUAUGGCCGAAAAUUCGUUCUAGUAUCUCCAAGGUACAGGAGAAUAUAGAAUCUCACAAGGCUAUGAUGAUGGUGAAUGUGACGCUUCAAGAUAUCGUACAAGCCCACAGAGCCCGAAAAGACGCCCUUGAAGAGUACGAGGCUGCCCAGGCUGCUCGAGAGGAACAUACUUACAAUGCAAUUCAUAAUAAGCUUAACCCACGGGAUUAUGACAUGGAACUAGCGAGUAUCCUCCGGCGAAGUUCUGUGGAUUCAGGGAAAUGGUUGGAAGAUGAACCAGAUUUCAUGAGAUGGCUCAACACUAUGGAUAGAACCACGAGGUGUGUGUGGCUACAUGGAAUUCCUGGUUCAGGCAAGACCUUCCUCGUCGGUAAUUUGAUACGAAGAUUGCGGGCCAAUGGACAGGGAGUACUCUUCGCAUUCUUGUCUCACGACAACCAGAGUGAUGGAGAUACCGUCAAAGUUUUCCAUUCGUUCCUGUUCCAGGUCCUUGAAGAUAACGCAGGCUGCCGGCCAGUCCUCAAUGAAGCAUCUCAGACCAACUCCAGAAAACUUAAAAGUGAUUCGGAUUUCGUCAUGGAUUUACUAUGCAAUGUUCUUCACGGAUUGGGUCCUAUGUUCAUAGUUCUAGAUGGGUUGGAUGAGCUAAACGAGAGCUCGUGGAAACACCUUCUCUUAGGAAUAAUGCAGAUUAAUGAUAGGUGCCCGGAGACAAAGUUACUUAUAAGUAGUAGGGAAGAACGCGAAAUCGCCCUACGAUUAGGGGAUAAAGCCCUCCCGCUCCGCAUAGAUCAUAACAACUCUGAAGACAUAGAAGCGUUCGUUCAACUCGAAAGAAUGUUCAUUUACGCUAGAUUAGUACUUUCCAUGGUCGAAGAUCAAGGGACACUCCAAGAUAUCGAGGCACAAAUAGAGGAUCUCCCAGAUGGGCUUAACGAAGUUUACGGUCGCCUCCUUGUUAGAAUAAAAGAAACCAUCGGACGGUCUCUCCAAGCCGUUGUACGCACGAUAUUACAAUGGAUCACCUGUGCCCAAAGACCCCUGAGGGAAGAAGAGAUGCUACAGAUAUUGGCCAUUGAGCCUGGGCAACUUGAUUUCACGAAAGGGCGUAAAGUUUUUCGAGAUAUUCGUAAGGCAUGCGGCCCCAUAAUCGAAAUUGACGACGGAGUGGUUCGAUUCGUCCAUUUCUCGGCUAGAGAGUACCUCCUUCACGAACAAAGCGCCAAUUUCUUGGAUUUAUAUGAAGCGCACGCAUAUGCUGCUCUAACCUGCAUCACCUACCUGUCUUUCUCAUCACUGGAUCCACUGUUCUCUUCGUCACUGGAUGCGGUAGAAGACCAAAUUAUAAACGGCGACUAUGUCCUAUUCGAAUAUGCGUCCGCUAUGUUUCUAGAUCAUCUAAAGAUCUCAUUAGAAAAUGAGGAAAAGAGUUUGGACAAACGCAUCUCCAUGGCGCUAAACCAUCUCCGAGAAACCCGGGCUGCUCGUUCAAUUGAUGCGUCAGUGGUCCCAGAACGAUUUCUCUUGAUGUUCAAAAAAUUUUCCGAGGACCCUGCAGUCCAGGACUUCCUAUCCGUUGCGGCCCACUCUCAUGAUAAAGCACAGUUUGGACUACUCGAAAUUUCGGACUCUUCGAUAUACGACCCACUCAGGAUAUUCCUUGCUCGCCGGAGAUUCCGACAAAACCUAGAGAAAGUGAGUUGCGAGUCAUUGCGACCUCUAUACGGAAGACAAAUAUACCAUUGCGACCAGUAUUUCUGCCAUGCAUACCGUACCGGAUUUGAGACGGAUGCAGACAGGGAUCGGCACUUGAGAAUUCACCAACGACCAAACAAGUGUCCAAGACCGGAUUGUAUGUUCACCGAAAUAGGAUUCCGCAGCACAUCGGAACUCCAAAGCCACACUCUUGCCGCCCAUUCUUCGGGUAUCCCAAUAGAGGAUGAAUCUCACUCGAGCAUAUCGUUGGCCGAACUACUCGAAGAUGAGUACAGUAUUCUGAAAGACGCAGUGACGCUUGAUAACGAAGAACUUGUUAAGGUACUGCUGAGUAGGGGUGUUGCCGAUAGGCGUUAUCUGUUCAAUGAACUAAUCCGUUUCGCCGCGUGGAAAGCAUCUUCAGACACACUCUCUCACUUAUUAGAUUAUAACGAUAGUUAUACCAUCACGCCAUUGGAACAACUAUUAGCAUAUGCGCUAGAAGGAGAAAACCUUCCAAACAUCAAAUUAUUACUUUCCCGCGGAGCCAACAUGACAAGCAGUACAUAUAUCGACUGGAAGGAGUCGGCCACCAAAAUCGAGCAAAUCCCCGAGAAAAGGGCUGGCAUGCAUGGGAGCUAUACUGGCUACAUUCGCGCAUUGAGCCUCUGGAAUCCCGAUACAAUGGCUUUCCUAAUUAAUGAAUGCCACGUUAACAUGCCCACCCAGAUUGACUCUUUGGGAGAUAUUUUCAAAUAUCCUGCGAUCCUUGCGGCUACUCCUGAUGAGGCAAGAAGGCGAUUUAGUGCAAUAAAGAGGUAUAUUAUCUGGCCUGAAACUUACACCCAAGGUAUUCCCAGUGCCGUGUUGGGUGGCAACGUUGUUAGUCUUAGGAUUUGUUUGGAAAAUGGAGGUGACCCGGAUGUGUAUUUUACUGGCAGGCACUACGGAUACAAUGUAUUAUGUUACUCCGUGAAAUUAGGGACUAAACUUGGUGCGGAAGUGGUAAAGGCGCUCUUAGAGUGGGAGGCGGACCCGAACAAAAAGACCCAGACAAAACCGAUUAGGAGUGCAAAAGAGUUCGCGGGAAUGAAGAAAAUUGAAAAGUACUUCGGGAUGGGCUGGGAAGAUAUCGUACACAAGAUCCAAGUAUUGAAGGAGGAUCUUGCUAUUGUUUAG